UCAACUGCCACUGGUCAGAGAGGAAGUGGAGCCCCGCCUCCCCCAGGAGGCCCAUGGAGCCCAGCGAGUCCAGAAGGGCACAGCCCGGGACGCAGCGCACACUCACCCUCACAUAGUCACAAGAUUCCGUGUCUUCCUUCCAGGUGCGCUUCUGCCCCUCCUGGGGUCACCUGGGGAACCUGUGGAGCAGGCCUUUCCUCUGCUCGGCUUCUUGCCUGCACCAGAUAUCAAGGCAUGGAAAGGAGAAGGAACUCCAUUCCCUGGCUUCCAGCCGGACACCUGCUCGGGGCUUGGGCCAACCUGGUCCUUUCCCUCCGCAGCCACUCUACACCCACCUCUGCCCCUCAUCCUAACUAUCGGGAGCUGAACAGGUCGUCCAGGCAGUUUCUUACAUUCAGAAUCUGAAAGGGUCUGCCUUGGCAUGUGCCAAGCUCCAUACAUUCACUGGUGCAGGGACACUGCUCCAGCCGCAAACCCCACACCAAAUCAGCAGGGACAGCUCCAUCACCCAAAUGUGGACCCUGUUAGUCUGGGAGCUCCUCUGCCUGCCUCGCCCAGCCUGGCUCUGCCCGCAGCCGCCCUGCACACUGUGCAUGAACACGUACACGGGGUCUGUCAUAUAGCCUUGGUGUUCGGGUCACCAGCCCCAUUCCUCACCUUCGUCUCCCUGCCUUCUCCCUCUCAGCCUGGUUCAACAGCCCAGCCUGGUGCCGCUGGUCCUGCUGACUCCCUGGCUCCACAUUCUCCUUCAGCCUCCUGGAGCCCAAGGCCAGGGGAAGGAGGGUUGCGUCCCAGUGUGUUACGGGGCAUCUGGUGCUUGAUGCUUUGUGUCCAAGGUCCCGCGGUCUUGGACAGGUAAAAUGAGGCAUAUAAACACUGGAUUUAAGAUAUACACUCUUGUAGGAAAGGGAGUUUCAAAGGAAUGUUUCCCAAAAGAAUGUUUCCCAGUGAGAGAAUUCCUGUUGUGGUGGACCUGGGUCACACCAAGGCAGAAACUGGUAUUCAUCAAAACAUUCACAAUCUUUGUAGACUGGAAUAUAGUCCAGAGAGAUGGAAGUGUAGAAGCCAAGCAAUGGAUGCCAUAUUCCCAAAUAAUUGGUUUCAGCUACAAAUAUUCUGCUGGUGAGGAGAACGAGUUCCUAUGUGAUACCUGAGCUCCUUUGGGAAAGUGAUCUUCCCUGUCCUAGAGCACUAACGUCUAACACUCCUUGGCUCGCUUGGGGUUACUCAAAGGAAAGGACAUUCAAAAAGGUUUCCUCUGAACAUAGAAACUCUGAACAAAUUCUGUUGAGAAAGGUGCAGGGACAGUUAAGGAGGUUGAGAAUAAUCUGAAAGUUGCCUGUUGUGGGAGGCAAGAAUGGGAGCUGGGCUGACCUGAAUGGUUUCCGUCAGGGAGGGACCACACCCAAAUCCUGUAAUCCAAUCUAGCAAUUAGAGUGGAUGAGAGGACUUUGUGCCUUAUCCCAGGGCCCAAAAGCCAUAAAAGGUGGAGGUGAGGUUCACUAUCUGACAUUUGGAAACUGGCACAGUGAGAGGAGCAUCCCUUUGCGACCCGAAGCUCCUGGUUGAAUGUAUCUUGUGGACACUGUUUCUGCAGACAUGGAGGCUGCCCACCUCCACCCCUCAGAGGAGCCUCAGUUCAGCGCCUCUCCCAAACCCCAGUCAUGCUGGUCAAAGAGAGGCGGUGCUGAAGUCCACGGAGGACCCUCUGUGCCCGAGACGACAUCCCCUGCAUCAAAGACUCUCUCCUCCCCGACUGACCCGUUGGCUCCCGCAUCAGCAGGGCUGCCUCCCACCAAGACGCCUCUGAGUUGGAAGAGCCUUUCCCAGGUGGGAGCCGGGCUUCAGAACAUGGGCAACACUUGCUAUGUGAAUGCGACCCUACAGUGUCUGACCUACACAGAGCCCCUCGCCAGCUACAUGCUGUCCCAGCAGCACGGGACCACCUGUAGGAGGCAGACAUCCUGCAUGCUGUGUACCCUGCAGGCUCACCUGACGCGGGUUCUCUGCCAUCCUGGACGUGUGCUCCGGCCCCUGCCACUCCUGCUCGCCGCCUUCCACAGACACAAGCAGGAAGAUGCCCAUGAGUAUCUCAUGUUCAUUCUGGAUGCAAUGCAGCAAGCGUGCUUGCCUGAGGACAAGCUCUCAGACCCUGAGUGUCCUCAGGACAGCACCCUCAUCCAGCAACUCUUUGGGGGGUACUGGAGGUCUCAAAUCCAGUGUCUCCACUGCCAAGGCAUUUCGAGCACUCUGGAACCUUACCUGGACAUCAGCCUGGACAUCGGGGAUGCUCACAGCGUCAGCCAAGCUUUGGAGCAGUUGAUAAAGCCCGAACUGCUGGAAGGUGAAAAUGCCUACCAUUGUAGUAAGUGUCUGGAGAAGGUGCCUGCGUCCAAGGUGUUGACUUUGCACACUUCCCCGAAGGUCCUCAUCCUGGUCUUGAGACGAUUCUCAGACUUGACAGGCAACAAAAUGACUAAGGAGGUGCAAUAUCCUGAGCGCCUUGACAUGCAACACUGCCUGUCUGAGCAGAGGGCAGGACCCUUGGUUUAUGUGCUCUAUGCCGUGCUGGUGCACGCUGGGAGGAGUUGCCACAGCGGACAUUACUUCUGUUUCGUAAAGGCAGGAAAUGGCCAGUGGUAUAAAAUGGAUGAUGCUAAGGUCAGCGCCUGUGAUGUGACUUGCGCGCUGCACCAACCUGCCUAUGUCCUCUUUUAUAUGCAGAAGACUGAUCUGGAGAGAGACCUUGGGAGGGAGUCAGUCGAGGAGGGAGGACUCGCAUCUCCCGAGGCAGACCCCACGGUGGUGGGUGAGGCCUCAGGAGAGCCGGCAACGGAUCCCUCCGUGAACCUUCUUGAGUUGGAGGAGUGUGGGGAAGAGACCUCAAGGCAACAAAUGACAUUAGACCAGUGGAGAUGCCUCCAGGAACGCAAUCGACCUAAGCUUGAACUCAAUGUCAGGAGAAGAGAAAUUGCUCUUCCUGCAAACGCAGUCAUCCUUCACCACUCCAAAUACAGACCUGAGAUGCCGAAGAAUCAUCCUCAGCAGACCGUCGACCUGCUCACCACUGCAGCUGGGAUGCUCCCACCUCAGGUGGCCGGGGACGUGGCCAAGGUCCCACGUGUGCCAGGGAGAGCCCGACCUACCAAGAGGAUGAGCAAGAAGGGACAGAGGUCUGAGGAAGCAGUCCAGGGAUGUGUCUCCUAACUUUGGUGCACAUGGGCGCACACAACCACACACACAGCAUCACUCACUCCAAACCCGAACACAGACCCAUACUGGAAAUACUUUGUGUUGUGAGAAGUGUGUGUUCUGUAUGUAUGGAAGAACCAUCUAUCUGGUGUGUUCAUGGGGUAUGGCCUUCAACUGAACCUAGAGGACACUGAUAUUUAAACCUGGGUCUUUGUCAUGAUCUUAUAUUGGGAUAGUGUGGAUUUCAUAUGGGGUGUAUCGAGGAACCUGCCUCUCCUUCAGCCUUGGGGAGAGUGGGGGCCACUUGCAGGUGAGAGGCAGUGAGCAGUCAGGGUUGAGAGUGGAUAUGAUGCUGAGGACCUGGGGUUGAAGUAUGUUUGACCCUCUCGUCAUGGUCCCCACUUCCCAAUGCUUUUCUUCUAUUUAUAUUGAAAGAAUAUUUGUCUGAACACAUGAGUAUGUAUUGGGUCUUGCUAGCGAUGUGUCUUGGUCAAUGCUUGGAAAUUGUAAGAAGGAAAUUAAGUGCUUACUUUUGGGACAAUAACUGCAUCCAGCCUGAUAUAACCAUAGUGAUUAUAUUAUGUUCCCUUCACUCUCUCCCACAUUAAGACUGAAGAGAAGCAAACUAACAAGGGCUCUUAUUCCAAAAGGAAAUGCCCAGCCUCCCACUGAAUAUAACUUUUUACAACUCUUGCUACCAUCUGCUCUGUGGCACCUCCUGACCCAGAAGCAGUGGACUCUGGAUUUCAGACCAGUUCAAAUUCAAAUUUGGACCUGGUUUGAUACCUUGGAAAUCAGUGCCAAGUUCAUGAGUCUAGCAAAAGCGUUUUGAGGUCAGGUUAUAGGUGUUCUGUGUUAUCAUUGCAUUUCUUACAGAAGAGUUUGACAAGUUCAUUGUAGAAUGGAAAUUAUUACAUGACCGGCAAACGCCUCUGAGUGUGACCGUAGAUGUGCAGUUGUAACAUCACAUCAUAAUGUUAUUUUCACUCUGUAUUCAAACUUGGAAAUACCACCCUUACUGGAGAGUAAGGGACGAUAGGAUCUGUGCAGAAGAAAUCAAGCUUUUUUGUAGAUUUUCAUGUACCAAAGACAGAUUAGAGAUAUAAAGUGUCAGGGUUUCUUUCAUGUCUGGGAAUUGUGUUUCUUUUGACCAAUACAGUUUAUUGUGUCGUAAAGAGUGAGGAAACCUGUGUGCAUGUCUUGCCAAGAGUUCCCUAAGAGGACCUGCAGGUAUCCCCAUCCUCUGAAGACUGUCAUAGGGAAUGAGACAGCUCAUGGACUCGGGGACUUGUCCUCCACAGCAGAGGACCCUGAGGAGGUGUCUGUUGGAAUGAGGAUAUGUCUCCACCUGGACUGUUGUGGUGAACCAGCAAUUCCUCCGCUGAACUGGAUGGAAACGGUCAAGUCCACAACGUGCUGGGUGUCCUGCUUUUGUGCGCCUACACAUACACUCCCCCCACUACACAGAUGCUGCAGUUUUUCUUUAGGUAAAUCUAUAGGACUGUCAAAGCGUGCAUCCAAUCCGGAAUGUCAAGUUUGUCUUAGUGAAAUCCAUUUUCUAACAAAUGUAGGGAAAUCAUCCUGGCAAUUUGUAACUUGGUUGUAAACAGAAAUUAACAAGUUAAUCUGAAAUUGUUUUAUAAAUGUCUGAAUUUCUGAUUUAGAAAAAGAUCCCAUUCAGAGUUCUGCAAAUUACACCAUGUUUUCUCCUAGAAGACAUUUUCUGUACUUGUUGAUAUUAUUUCUCUGAAAUUGUUAUGCAGAAUAUUGCAUCUGCUUUGUUUGUUUUUGCUCUAAAAUGUUAUUACGAAGU